UUCGGUGAGCGUCGGUCCUCUCUUGUCGCUUUACUCUCCCUUGUCUUCCCAUCCUCCGCCCCUUUUUGGCCCUCGCGAGCCCUCGACCAUUUUUGCCGUCGGCGCUUCUCACGAACGCUUAUCGUUCUCCUUCCCUUCGGUCAACCUCUAUCGCGCGUGAAUCGGUCGCCGCCCGUGGCGGCAUCGGGCCGGAUCCGUCUCCACGUGCCAUCCCGAUCAUUUCCAGGCACUUCGAUCUGAUUCUGUUUUCUUGCAGGGGGGACUGCUCCAUUGAAGCUUUAUUACUCAUCUUUUAUUUCUUUGUGGCUUCCUCCGCCAGACCUGCUUCGUUUGCUUUGUGAAGAAUAUGUCGGGGCCGCUGGAUCGCUUCGCUAGGCCUUGUUUUGAGGGUUUCUCCAGUCAUGAUGAACGAAAGGAACGAAAAUCAGAUUUUGAAAAUUCAGAAGAUGAAAGAAGGACAAAAAUUGGAUCCUUGAAGAAAAAGGCUUUGGAUGCAUCUAGUAGGUUUAAACACUCAUUGAAGAAAAAGAAUAGGAGGAAGAAGACAAACAGAGUUGUUUCUAUUGAGGAUAUACGCAAUAUUGAAGAGCUAGAGGCUGUUGAUACUUUCCGUCAAUCUUUAAUUUUAGACGAAUUGUUGCCUGCCAAGCAUGAUGACUAUCAUAUGAUGUUGAGAUUUCUUAAAGCAAGGAAAUUUGAUAUUGAGAAGGCAAAGCACAUGUGGGCGGAAAUGCUUCAGUGGAGAAAAGAAUUUGGUGCAGACACGGUUGUUGAGGAUUUUGAGUAUUCUGAAUUAAGUGAAGUUCUGAAGUAUUAUCCUCAUGGUUAUCAUGGAGUGGACAAGGAGGGAAGACCAGUUUAUAUUGAAAGGCUGGGGAAAGUUGAUCCUAACAAACUAAUGCAGGUGACCACAAUGGACCGAUAUGUAAGAUAUCAUGUGAAGGAGUUUGAAAGGAGCUUUUUAAUUAAAUUCCCAGCUUGUUCACUUGCUGCAAAAAAGCAUAUUGAUUCAAGUACAACUAUUCUUGAUGUUCAUGGAGUGGGCUUAAAGAACUUCAGCAAAACUGCUAGAGAACUAAUUCAGAGACUACAGAAGAUUGACAAUGACAACUACCCUGAGACCUUGCACCGGAUGUUUAUUGUCAAUGCUGGCCCUGGAUUUAGGUUGCUAUGGAACACCAUAAAAUCAUUUCUGGACCCCAAGACUACUUCAAAAAUUCAUGUUCUUGGGACAAAGUACCAGAAUAAGCUGUUGGAGAUAAUUGAGCCAAGUGAGCUGCCAGAGUUCCUUGGUGGUUCUUGUACUUGUCCAGAGCAAGGAGGGUGCCUAAAAUCUGAAAAAGGUCCUUGGAAGGACCCCAAUAUACUGAAGAUGGUCCUUAGUGGUGAAGCCAACUGUGCCAGGCAAAUUGUUGCUGUUUCCAAUGGUGAAGGAAAGAUUAUUGCUUAUGCUAAGCCACCAUAUCCAACAAUAAAGGGCAGUGAUACAUCCACUGCUGAAUCUGGUUCAGAGGCUGAAGACGUCAUCUCUCCUAAAGCAUCAAGAGCAUAUUUACCAAAUCCUCGUCUGACCCCAGUACAUGAAGAGGCAAAACUGAUGAAGGCAGCUAGUUCCUCUUCCGUCUUUCAAGGGUAUGAUGAAUAUGUUCCCAUGGUAGACAAGGUUGUAAUUGGUGGACCUAAGAAACAAAUUUGUAGCAGAAGGCUAGAUGGACCUAAAGGACAAAGUUCCGUCUCUGAGAUCCAUACGUCCACUGAAGGAGUGAAAGCUCAAAUGACUCGAUAUGUAAUGACCCUCAUCACAUAUCUCUUUGCACUAAUUUGUUCAGCCACCAACCAUGUAUUGAAGAGGCUCCAAAAUGAAUGUUCUCAAACGCAUAGAGAUUAUCCUAUGUUUUCUAUGGAUUCUAUGCCAAAAGAGGAAUUCCGACCUCCAUCACCUGCUCCUGCAUUUACAGAGGCUCGCCUCCUUUCUUGUCUUGUAAGGAAGCUAGAAGAGUUAGAAGAAAAGGUGAAUGUUCUUCAAGCAAAACCUUCUGAAAUGCCCUCAGAGAAAGAUGAGUUGCUGAAUGCAGCUGUCCGUCGUGUGGAUGCACUUGAAGCCGAGCUUAUUGUCACCAAGAAGGCAUUGCAUGAAGCACUCAUGAGGCAGGAUGAACUUCUUGCAUAUAUAGACCGUGAAGAGGAGGCGAAGUUACGGAAGAAGAAAUUUUGCUUUUGAAGUUAAGAGUGGACUGAUCUCUUCUUCAAACACAUCAAUCGUGUUCUUGCUACUGCAGCGUAAUUACUGAACUCAAGACUUUGCUGUGCAUUGUUAGAGAAGCACACUGGCUACCAACAAAUGACAGCAAUCGAGGCGGAAAUCUAAUUAGCAGAUGCAGGUGAAUGUAAAUAACUGAAGUGUUUACGUUAAAUCUUUUCAUCACCUGCCAAGUUGCAUUGUUUGGCCGAAUUAGACCUAUAGCAGAGCUUAUGUGCUGCGUAAAUAAACAGUUACUUUGUUGUCA